AUGGCUCUACGAGUUCGCUCAAAUCAGUGCCCAGAUGCGCCUUCCACAGCAUAUGUCACAGGAGAGCCCAUCUCCGGUUCAUUCACUUUUCAGCGCAUCAUCCUCAUUGUCGCUUGGGUUUGCUUUGGGAUUACCCUAUUGCUUUGGCUGGGGCUUGUCAUUCCACAUCUUCGUCGAUACAAUAUCCCGGACGAACAACGGCAGAUUUUCAGAAUUAUAUUGACCCCCUUGAUUUUCGCAAUUUUUGCAGUGGCUGCGAUACACUGUUACUCGGCAGCAAGCUACCUAGCAGCGAUCCCAAAUCUUUACGAAGCAUGGGCUUUGGCGUCACUUUUCCUCCUUUAUGUUCACUUUGUCGUCCCAGAAGCCCAUACCCGCGAAGAAUUCUUUGCUCAAGUUGAGCACAGAAAGCAGAAUGGAGAAAUUGUCCCGGGCAGGACAUUGAAAUUGUUCAGGCGACUCUGGAGAACCGUCUUCUUUUACCUUGCCCUUUAUACGAUCUUGAUCAUCAUUGGAGAGAUUCUGGAAGCCACAAAAGCUGCCUGUAGUACUUCCAAGAAACCGAGAGUUGGUCACAUCAUCAUCCAAGUCCUUGAGCUCGGAGGUACCAUAUAUGUCAUUCUCGCCAUCAUCAAGUUUCAAAGAAGGUUCAAGGAAUACAUGCCUGAUCGAAAAGCGCUGCCAAAAUUGAUUACCUUCAAACUAUUUGUGCUGGUAACCACGCUCCAACGUUUCGUCUUCAACAUCCUCAAGAGUCAAGUCCAAGGAUCCUCUAAAGUCACGUAUCGAGACAUCACAGUUGGCAUUCCAGCUCUUCUUACUUGCAUUGAGGCUGUGCUGUUUACGGCAUCUUACUAUUUGACAUUUCAUGCUAAGGAGUACCGAGAUCAUAGAGUGGAAACAAGAUCGAUCUCUGGCAUGUUUGGGGCAUUACUACAUGCAUUGAACCCGAUGGAUUUAAUACGUGGAAUCGGCUACGCCCUAACUUUCAGGCAUCAACCUGCGAAGAGCUCCAUAUGA